AUGUCCGCCCAACCCCAAGAAACAUGGCAAGAAAUCGCAGCGAGAAAGCAAUCUGCUCUAUGCAAAAAGCUAUUCAAGGAUGGAUGGCAGUCAAUGCGAUUGACCUUCGAGACUGAGAGACCAUUAGCGGGCAAUAUCUUACCCAUGAUUAAUUCAUGCGAACAUUUGUCUCCUCGGGAUAUUGAGAUCACUGAGGCACAAGAUGCCACAGAAUUACUCAGCAAGAUCCAUUCUGGGCAAUGGCCUGCUAGAGAGGUUCUUGUUGCCUUCUAUAAACGAGCUCUUGUGGCGCACCGAUUUGUGAACUGCUUGAUGGAUGCAGAUUUGGAUGCGGCAUUGAACAGAGCGCAAGAACUAGAUAACUAUCUCCGUACAACGGGUAACGUAGUCGGGCCUCUCCACGGACUACCCGUGAGCAUCAAGGACUUGACGGACGUGAAAGGGCUCAACUACUCGAUGGGUUAUGUCUCGUGGGCUGAUAAUGUUUCAGCGGACGAUGCUGUGGUGGUUGAAACUCUUCGAAAGGCCGGCGCUGUCAUCUAUUUGAAGACGACGAUGCCGCAGACGGGCAUGGCUCUCGAGACAUUUUCACGACUCUGGGGCAGAACGCUUAACCCUCACAACGUGGGUCUUGUUGCUGGCGGUUCUUCCGGUGGUGAGGGUGCACUGAUUGCCAGUCGCGGAUCUCUACUCGGAAUGGGCACAGAUAGCGGCGGUUCAAUACGUAUUCCCGCGGCCUACAAUGGGCUCUACAGCAUCAAGCCAACAUCUCGAAGAGUCUCGUACAGAGGGAACAAUAAUAACGCUUCAGGACUUGGUGUCUCCUCCUCGAUUGGCCCUAUGGCACACAGCUUGAGAGACUUGAAAUUGGCGAUGAAGACACUGAUAGACGAUAGUCACUGGCUGAAAGAUCCCAUGAUCAUCCAUAAACCUUGGGAUUAUCAGGCCAAGAGUCCUGCGAAAUUGCGCAUUGGAGUUUUGAUGAGCGAUGGACUCACAACACCGCAUCCCCCAAUUCAGAGGGCUCUUCAGGCCACAAUAGCCAAGCUUACUGCUGCUGGUCACCAAGUUGUUACACUCGAGCAUGUCAAGCUCCAUAUGGACUCAGACACUAUGACGCGCCGAGUUUAUGGCCAGGUGGGAUCAGGUUAUAUGCUUGACGAGUUUAAGAAAACAGGAGAGCCCCCCAUUGAUGCCAUCAAGCAUAGGCUUGGCUGGGAGACCAUGUCGCUUGAAGAAAUGAUUCAAGUUCAAAUUUCAAUGAAUUACACGGCCAUCUUCAACAUACUUGAUUAUCCGGCUGUCACGAUUCCUACAACGUUCGUGGACAAAACCAUAGAUCGAAAGAUCACCAGAGAUACCUUUUUGAACGCGCAUGAUAAGGAGAAUUGGGAAAUGUAUGACCCCGAGGUAUUUCAUGGUAUGCCUGUUGUGCUACAACUAGUGGGAUUGCCUUCCAUGGACGGGCAGCUCCUGGAGGUAGCCGCCAAGAUCGACGACAUUAACCAUAGAAUCAAGGGUUAA